CCCCCCUCCCACCAACCCCCACCUUCGCGGCAAUGGCGGCCAUGGCGGCCAAGGCGGCUGCGGUGUCCCUGGACCGAGCCUCGGCCUUCGCCACCCCGGCGGCGGCGUUCCCGCGGCAGCUGCGGGUGCCCGCCGCGGCGCGCGGUGGGGUAAGCGUGCGGGCGCGGCGGCGGCGCGCGGUGGUGGUGGUGGCCGCGUCGUCGUCCGUGGCCGCGCCGGCGGCGAAAUCCGCGGAGGAGAUCGUGCUGCAGCCCAUCCGGGAGAUCUCCGGCGCCGUGCAGCUGCCCGGCUCCAAGUCGCUCUCCAACAGGAUCCUCCUGCUCUCGGCUCUCUCCGAGGGGACAACAGUGGUUGACAACUUGCUGAACAGUGAGGAUGUUCACUACAUGCUUGAGGCACUGAAAGCCCUUGGGCUGUCUGUGGAAGCAGAUAAAGUUGCAAAAAGGGCCAUAGUCGUUGGCUGUAGUGGCAAGUUUCCUGUUGAGAAGGAUGCGAAAGAGGAAGUGCAACUCUUCUUGGGGAAUGCUGGAACUGCAAUGCGGCCAUUGACAGCAGCUGUGACUGCUGCUGGUGGAAAUGCAACUUAUGUGCUUGAUGGAGUGCCACGGAUGAGGGAGAGACCGAUUGGUGACUUGGUUGUUGGUUUGAAACAACUCGGUGCUGAUGUUGACUGUUUCCUUGGCACUGACUGCCCGCCUGUUCGUGUGAAUGGAAUUGGAGGACUUCCUGGUGGCAAGGUGAAGCUCUCUGGUUCCAUCAGCAGUCAGUACUUGAGUGCAUUGCUGAUGGCUGCUCCUUUGGCCCUUGGGGAUGUGGAGAUUGAAAUCAUUGAUAAACUAAUCUCCAUUCCUUAUGUUGAAAUGACACUGAGAUUGAUGGAGCGUUUCGGCGUGACCGCAGAACAUUCUGAAAGUUGGGACAGAUUCUAUAUCAAGGGAGGGCAGAAGUACAAAUCUCCUGGAAAUGCCUAUGUGGAAGGUGAUGCCUCGAGUGCAAGCUAUUUCUUGGCUGGUGCUGCAAUCACUGGAGGCACUGUGACAGUUGAAGGUUGUGGCACAACCAGUUUACAGGGUGAUGUGAAAUUUGCUGAGGUACUUGAGAUGAUGGGAGCAAAGGUUACAUGGACCGAUACUAGUGUAACUGUUACCGGUCCACCACGUGAGCCCUAUGGGAAGAAACACCUGAAAGCUGUUGAUGUCAACAUGAACAAAAUGCCUGAUGUCGCCAUGACUCUUGCCGUUGUUGCGCUCUUUGCUGAUGGUCCGACUGCUAUCAGAGAUGUGGCUUCCUGGAGAGUAAAGGAAACCGAAAGGAUGGUCGCAAUUCGGACCGAGCUAACUAAGCUGGGAGCAUCGGUUGAAGAAGGGCCGGACUACUGCAUCAUCACCCCACCGGAGAAGCUGAACGUCACGGCAAUCGACACCUACGACGACCACAGGAUGGCCAUGGCCUUCUCCCUCGCUGCCUGCGCCGACGUGCCCGUGACGAUCAGAGACCCCGGUUGCACCCGCAAGACCUUCCCCAACUACUUCGACGUGCUAAGCACUUUCGUCAAGAACUAAAAGAGUCGAGACGAAUGUUGUCUAUCAGUUCAUAUGUUUGAGGAAACUUGUUUCUUAUUUUCACGAGAUGAGAUAUGAGUUUUGGGCUUGUAAUUCUAGUUUGUAGCAAGGCAGAGUGACACAAGUGAUGAAGAAUUGAGAUAAAAAUGAGAUGUAUGGUAUACCAAAUUCAUUUGACUCAAAGGAAUAAACUGGCCUUAAGCGAUUUCAGAUGUUA